AUGCGGCCCAUGGCGCCUCUCAAUUGGGGCCUUUUGCCCCCGUCGUUUCUUCUGCCGUCGUCAACGCGCUCCUUACUUUCUCUGAUAUCGCUCUCCGCAGCACCCUCACAUACGACCAUCCGCACCAUCAAAUCAGUCAAUACCCCCCGGCCCGACCGCUUCGCCCACCACCCCAAGAAGCCUGCCUUGAACAGCACAUCCCGCGCGGCGCUUGCCCGGAAAGUAGCGACCACCCCCCUCCGCACCGGCCUUCUUGCACAGAAAUGCGGCAUGACCGCCGUCUUCGAUCCCGAGACCGGAAAACGCACUGCUUGCACGGUGCUGCAGCUCGACCGCAAUGAGAUUGUUGCGCACAAAACGAGGGAGAAGAACGGGUACUGGGCUGUGCAGAUCGGAGCCGGAUCUAAGCUCAUCGAGAACACGAGUAAGCCUAUGCUGGGCCAUUUCGCUGUCGCGGGAGUCGAGCCGAAGAGAUGGAUCAUGGAAUUCAAGGUCAGAGGAAAGGAGGGGCUGGGGCUUCCCGUUGGGCAGACAGUAGGCGCGAGCUGGUUUAGUGUGGGGCAGUGGGUGGACGUCAAGGGCAUAAGUAGGGGGAUGGGAUUUGAGGGUGGCAUGAAGAGGCAUGGAUUCAGCGGUCAGCCUGCGUCCCACGGUCAGUCGCUUAUGCACCGUGGAAUGGGUUCCGCAGGAGGUUCGCAGGGCUCCGGUUCUCGAGUGCUGCCUGGGAAGCGCAUGGCGGGCAAUAUGGGCAAUGAGAGUGUCACGGUGAAGAAUUUGAAGGUGCUGCAGGUCGAUGAGGUGAAUGGGAUCGUGGUUGUCAAUGGCUGCGUUCCCGGUCCCAAGAACCAGAUCAUCAAGGUCCAAGAUGCGAUAGGCAAGCCGUGGCCUGCAGGUCCAAUGAAGCUCGACGAGAUAAUACCAGCUUCAAUUGGCCCAGCUGCGGCAGCUUCUCCUGCAUAG